CCGCAUAUCUGCAACUCACUCCUGUUACUUUCAAGAACAACAACUACUUUCUUUUCAGAUUUACAACUUUAGAAUACUAAGACAUUAAACAUGGUUACUGCUUCGUACGCCUUUUUUGAGGCUCUUGUUGAGGUAUUUAUCUGGAAACCCCAGAUAUAUAUAGCUGUUCUAACAAUAUAUCAGGCCGGGGUAACCCAUUGCUUCGUAAAUCUAGGGUCCGAUCAUCCUUCUAUUCUAGAAGCUUUGAUUACACUUAAGAGAGAGAAUAAGGGUCCAGAAGUUAUAGUGAGUCUUUAAAUAUAUCAGUGCACCAAUAUAUUUACUGUCAUAACUAAUAACUCUUUCCAGACAUGUCCAAACGAAGUAUGCAAAUAGAUUCUCUCCCACCUUCAAUAUAUACUCAUAUCAACAUAGAUGGUUGCUCUAUCCAUGGCGGAUGGCUAUGCUCGUUUAACCGGUAAACCUCAAUGUGUAAUCGUACACGUCGACGUAGGAACUCAAGGUCUCGGAGCUGCAGUUCACAAUGCCUCAUGCGGACGAGCACCUGUUCUUAUAUUCGCCGGUCUAUCACCCUAUACAAUUGAAGGAGAAGCUCGAGGCUCACGAACAGAAUACAUUCAUUGGAUACAAGAUGUACCGAAUCAAGCGGAGAUUGUCAGACAAUAUUGCCGAUAUUCAAUGGAGAUUAAGACGGGGAAGAAUAUUAAACAAAUGGUUAAUAGGGCACUUCAAUGGGCUACUAGUGCUCCUACUGGUCCAGUAUAUUUGUACUCAGCCAGAGAGGUCAUGGAGGAGGAAAUAGAUGAUUAUGAUUUGGUUCAGGAACAUUGGAAUGCAGUGGAACCAGCUGCACUUUCUGAAAGUUCAGUUGCUACCAUAUCAGAAGCUUUAGUCAAUGCAAAGGAGCCAUUGAUCAUUACUGGCUAUAGUGGUCGGAAUCAUAAGUCAGUAGGAGCUUUAGUCGAGUUGGCGGAUACAGUAAAAGGCCUUCGCGUGUUGGAUACUGGUGGUAGUGAUAUGUGUUUUCCAGCUGAUCAUCGUGCUUGGUUGGGUUUGAGAUAUGGGAGUGAUAAAGCUAUUGAAACUGCUGAUGUUAUUCUCGUCAUUGAUUGUGGUAAGUACUCAAUCUUUCGAUGUCGAUAUAUGAAAACUAACAUAAUUUCGGGCAGAUGUACCAUGGGUCAAUACUUUAUGUCAUCCUUCAAAAUCAGCGAAGAUAUUCCACAUUGAUGUUGAUCCACUUAAACAACAAAUGCCGGUACGUCCUUCCCACAUUCAAUAACACUGGAAUCUUCCCUCAGAGUUCUCGCUAACAAUUUUAGGUAUUCUACCUGGCAGCACUUUCACGCUAUAGAGCAGAUAGUCACACAUCUUUAACUCAAUUAAUAAAAUACAUAAAAAAUACUGGUAAUUUCACCAAUACACUCUCCUCUCAACCAUACACCGAACGAUGGGAAGCACUGGCAAAAGAUCACACCAAACGCAUCGAAGCUAUCACCGCGGCCUCAAAGGUUCAAGAAGAUGAUUCAUUCGGUACUGGCUACCUUUGUCAACAGCUCCGCAAGAUUGUCCCAACCGAUACAAUCUUCGCCAUCGAGGCGGUAACCAACACCGUUUUCGUAGCCGACAAUAUUCAAGCUACUCUCCCCGGUUCUUGGAUUAAUUGUGGAGGUGGAGGAUUGGGAUGGUCAGGUGGGGGAGCUUUAGGUAUUAAAUUAGCUACUGAGCUUGAGAAUGGGAAAGGCAAGGGAAAAUUCGUCGUGCAGAUUGUAGGAGAUGGAACAUUUUUAUUUUCAGUUCCUGGAAGUGUUUAUUGGAUUUGUCAGAGAUAUGGUAUUCCUGUUCUUACUAUCGUGCUGAAUAACAAGGGUAUGUGUCUAUUAAUCUUGGAAUUAACAUUGACUCAAGUUACUAACUCGGAAGCAGGUUGGCACGCACCAAAACGAUCUCUCCUUUUAGUUCAUCCAGAUGGUACGGUUUUCCUCCUUCCUUUCUCUCCCUCUUCAUCUUUUUCUAACAUCUCCCUUUCAAUAGGAAUCGGAUCCAAAGCUACAAACGAAGAUCUAAACAUUUCCUUUGCACCACAAGUUCCAGAUUACGCGGGAAUAGCUAGAGCUGCAUCUGGAAAUAGUGUCAUGGCCGAGAAAGUUUCCAAAGCUAGUGAAUUGGAGAGUGUUCUUUUGAAGGCGAUAGAGUGUGUUAAGGGAGGAACGACAGCGGUCGUAGAUGCAGUUGUUGUGCCUGGGUGUUAGGAAUAGUAAUGGGGGAAAGAAACGGCUGGGAGGAUGGAAUUUGAUUUGAUUCGGUUUCGAUGAUUAUUACAUACGGCAUUUAGCCAGCAGGGAGUAAGAGUAGAUAUGCAUUGUAACAAGGAAAGAAAAGACAAUUUAUACAUGAAUAAUGGUUU